UCUCUCUCUCUCUCUCUCUCUCUCUCUCUCUCUCAACGACUUAACCCACCCUUUUGCAACUAGCUAGGCCUCCACGGCAGGCAGGCACGAAGGGAGGCGACGUCCAUCACCGGCAGACCAGCAACUCGUGAACGUCGUUGUCCAUCCCUGCAUCAGAGGGAGGAUGUACGCGGCCCUCAGUGGGGCGCAAUGGGUAGUCGGCAAGGCGCUAGCCCCCGUUGCGGACGGGGUGCUGGAGGCUUGGGCGGCCACCAGGAACUUUGGUUUCAACAUAGAGGCCCUCAGCAUGGAACGAGUAAAUUGCAGAAAACCACCAGUUUGAGGGCUAGAUUAGCAGAAACCACCACGUUACAGUUUCUUGGCAAAAAACACCAACUCUCCCGUAAACAAUUUGCAAAUACCACUGAUCGGCGGAUCGGACACCGAUAAGUGGAAUUAUGACAGGUGGGGCCCGGUUUUUGCCGACGUGGCGCUGUCAGCUGGUCCGACAGCCGUAGACGCCGUUAGACGGCGCCGUUCGUUCUGUUUCCUCUUAUCCCCCAUUUCCCCCGUCUUCCUCCCCCGUUUCCCCCUUCUUCUCCCCUAUUCCCGCUCUUGCGGUGCACCGUCCCCGCCCCCUAUCGCAGCCAUGAGUCCGGCGAAGUCGAGCGAUGCUGGCAGCGGCGCCCAGCCGUCCACUGGCGAGAUGUGCGGGAGCUCGAACCCUACGAAGGCGACGGCAGAAGAAGAGGAGGAGGAGGACCCGCAGUACUCGGUGGAAUUCAGGGCAGCCAGAUCUUUCGCCGCGGCGGUGAAGGCAAAUCCAGUUGGAAGCCAGCACAUUGCUUCAGCUUUCGGCGGCGUCUAGUGAGAUCCCAGUCCCAUUCCCCUCCCCAAUCACAUUCCCCUUCUGUUGCUAGGGUUAGGGUUAAUGAGUUCUAGGGUUUGUGUGUGUUAUAGUUCUGUAAUUAGAAUGAUAUAGUUCUUUAAUUAGAUGCUUACAACUAGGGUUUCUAUAAAUAAAAGGAUAUGAAUUGUUGCACUCAAAUGAUGUUCUGCUCUGGUCUGCACUAGCUUGCUUCAGUUUCCCUUAAGUACUUAUAGUGCACUAUUGUAUUAUUAUUUGCAGUCUUGAAGAUGAGGUUUGGGAAUUGAGGAUGCAUUUUCAUGAUAGAGAUAAUAUUGAAAGGAGUAUGAUGAUGUCAGACAUCACAUAUUACAAUUUGGUAGCACUGAUGGAGACAGAAGGGUAUGGUUUUAGAGAUUAUAUGUAUUAUGUGAGGGGCCCUGGGCUAGGGAUUGAAGGAAUGGAAGAAAUAGAUGCUGAUGAUAAGUUAGAGGAAAUUUUAGACCACAUAGCAGAGCAGAAUAACAAGAUAUUGAAUGUGACAAUAGUUAGGGCCAGUGCAGAGAAAGUUCCCAAUAUAAAUACCAAUGUUAAUGUCAUUCAGAUGCAGACCCCAAUAGAACAAAUUGGAGAGCCCAAACUGUAUCGGAUUGAUGAUGAAGGAGUGUUGUUCAAUGCUGAAAAUGGCAUGUAGAAGCUGAGAGUUGUGAUGCAGGAGGAGAACAAGAGCCAAUGCCCUUGCAGUUUGACACAUAGCAGAGCAGAAUAAAUGUGAGCCUGGAACCUGCUUUAGGUGAUGCAGUAGUGGAAGAAUACCAUGUGACUGACAAUUCAGAGGAGCAACUGUUAAUAAAGCAAGAAAUGGAGGAGAAAAGGAGAAAUGAAAUUGAAAUGUUUAGGAAGAACAAGAAGGAAAGAGUGAAGGAGACUUAUCUGAACAGGAAAGCAGCAGUUAUGGACAAUGAAGAGGAUAGUGAUGAUGAUGAUCUAGUAGAAUAUGGUGAUAUCUUAGCUAGGCUUGAGGAGAUGAGAAGACAGAGGAAUGACCCAGAACUUCAUUUUGAAGGGGACACAUAUGUUGAGGAAAUGUGUGACUCAGAGGUGGAUGAUGAGUUGUAUGUGCCACAAGGUGAAGAAGAGGAUGUAGAGGAGGAAGAGGAGGAGGAAUUGGAGGAAGAGGAACAAGAGCAUGAGCUAGGGCAAGAUGUACCAAACAAGAGAAGGGCCAUGAGACAAAGAAAAGGCCCAACAAGCAAUUCACAUGGGAGUAUAGAACACAUGUUUGAGGAGGACUGGAUUCUAUCAUCUGAUGAGGACAAGAAACCACAAGACCUUGGUGUGGAAGAUGAUGAUGGUGCUGAGGCAUUGGCAUAUGUGUUGCCCAAUGGUAGAAAAAGCAGAGCAAAGAAGAUGAAGAAGAGGUUAUGGUUUGAUGAGCACAGAGCUCAUCCAGAGGAGCAAUUUGUGAAGCAUCUUUGCUUCUUAAAUGUGUACCAGUUUAGAACUGCACUUCAAACCCUGCACAUUGCUCAAAACAGGAACUUUGUCUACCAUAGAAACUGCAGUGAUAGGGUGAUAGCUCAGUGCAUAGAUGAGCAAUGUCCCUUCUAUAUAGCAGCUUCUCAGAUUGCAAAUGAGAAGUCAUUUACAAUUAGGAAGGUGUAUUUAGUGCACACAUGCCCUUCUAUGUCAGAGAACACUAAAGUCACUGCUAAGUGGGUUUCAAAAUUCUGUGAGGAGGCUAUCAGAAAUGACCCAUGCACAACAAUCACAAGUAUUAUUAAUACUGCAAAGAGCAAGUAUGGUGUGGACAUAUCAACACACAUGGCAUACAGGGCAAAGAGGGCAGCAAAGGCUGUUGUGUUGGGAGACCAGAAAGCCCAGUACACCAGGAUUAGGGAUUAUUGACAGGCUGUGUUGGAUACAAAUCCAGGUUCAAGAUGCAUUGUGACAACAAGAUAUCUGAAGGAGCAUCCAAGCACUAACCCUAGGUUUCAUGCACUGUUCAUAUGCUUGAAUGGAUGCAAAGAAGGGUUUCUCAAUGGCUGCAAACCAUUCAUAGGUCUGGAUGGUUGUUUCAUCAAGCUCACUACUGGUCAACAAAUUCUAGCUGCAACUGGAAGAGAUGGGAACAAUAAUAUUUUUCCCAUUGCUUUUGGAAUUGUUGAUAAGGAGGACACUAACUCUUGGACCUGGUUUUUAUACCAGUUGAGACAAGCAUUAGGUGGAGAAUCUGGGAAGUUUGGGAACUACACAAUAAUUUCAGAUAGGCAGAAGGGCCUUUUAAAAGCCAUUACCAGAGUGUUUCCCAAUUGUCCCCAAAGGUUUUGUCUUAGACAUAUCUACCAGAACUUUCAAAAUGCUGGGUUUAGAGGGCCUGAAUUAAAGCAAUACAUGGAUGCAGCUAGUUAUUCAUAUACUGAACAUGGUUUUAAAACUGCAAUGGAUGCAUUAAAGAAUGAGAGUGAGGCUGCUUGGGAAUGGCUAAGCAAAAUACCUAAACACACUUGGGCCAGACAUGCAAUGGAUAUGAACUGCAAAACAGACUUAGUUGUUAACAAUCUAAGUGAGGUUUUCAACAAGUGGGUUCUAGAUGUCAGGGCUAAACCAAUUAGGACCAUGGUGGAUGGAAUUAGGACAAAGUUAAUGGUCAAGUUCAAUGCAAAUAGAACAAAGGCUGAGACUGUAAGAUGGGAAAUUUGUCCAACAUAUGCUGAGAAAUUAGAGGAAGCAAAGAAGUUUGCAAGGAACUGUCAUGCUUUGAUGGCUGGGCCCAAUCUUUACCAAGUCACUAGUGGGGAGAGAACUUAUGCUGUGAACCUACAACAUAGGACUUGUGGGUGCAAGAAGUGGGAUAUGACAGCAGUUCCUUGCAAUCAUGCUGUUUCUGCCAUACACAAGGCUAAGCUUCAGCCAGAGGACUUUGUUCAUGAUUUCUUCAAAAAAAAGAUGUACCUGGCAGCUUACAGUCCCAUUAUAUAUCCUGUACCUGGACCUGAUAUGUGGCCAAGGACAGACAGUAUGGACAUUGAGGCUCCAGUUUUCAAAGAACACAAGGGAAGGGCACAGACAAAGAGGAGAAAGGGCCAAUAUGAGAAGCCAGCUCCCAAAGACACCUCAAGAAUGGCCUCCAUUACCUGCUCUAAUUGCAAAAAGGUUGGCCAUAGAUACACCAACUGUAAUGUUGCUUUGAAUCCAUCACUGGCAAUGAGAAAGAAUAGGCAUGAGCCAAGCAGCAGCUCCUAUGAACUUGAUGCAGCCACACCAGCAAGGAGGGCCUCUUCUGCUGCUGGUGCUGCUGCUACUGCACCAUCACCAGCAAGGAGGGCCUCUUCUGCUGCUGGUGCUGCUGCUACUGCACCAUCACCAGCACAGAGGGCAUCUUCUUCUUCUGCUACAGCACCUGGACCAGCAAAGAAGAGGGCCUCUUCUGCUUCUGCAACAACACCUGGACCAGCAAAGAAGAGGGCCUCUUCUGCUUCUGCAACAACACCUGGACCAGCAAAGAAGAGGGCCUCUUCUGCUUCUGCAACAGCACCUGGACCACCAAAGAAGAGGGCCACUUCUGCUGCACCACCACAGAGGACAGCUGCUGGUAGUUCAUCAUCUGUUGCAAAGGGUAAAACAGCAGUAACUAGAUCUUCAGCUGCUGCAAAGGGAGAAAGGGCAUCUUUCUUGCCUCCAAGGCCAACUGGUGUUUCCCAAAGAAUCAGGAAGCCCACCCAGAAAAUUAGAGAUUACUUGACUGCUUCAGGUGCUCCAUGGGAAUGAUGCAUUUUAGGUGUGUGAAAACUCUUGUGAUGAUGGUCAGUUUGGUUGUGUGUUAAAAUAAUGUCAAUUUGGUUGUGUCAAACUGCUGUUGAGAUGUUUGGUUGUGUCAAAAUACUGUCAAUUUGAUCAGUUUGGUUGUGAUGAUGGUCAUGUAGUUGAGAUGUUUAAGUUAAGUUGUGAUACUAUAAUGCUUCGAUGGUAUUUUGUGA